GACGCGGUGAGUGCAAGAGGUCGGCGAUUUCGGGGGAUCUGCUGAGAGAGUUGUUGCGUUGUUAGUGGUUAUGCAACAUUCCAUUGGCUUUAUUGACGGCUGCCCUUCACUGCUUGGACACCUUGACCAUUAAGGCAACUUGUGUUAAAUCAGAGACAUGUCUGGUAGUUUUUAUUUUGUUAUAGUUGGACACCAUGACAACCCUGUUUUUGAAAUGGAGUUUCUUCCAGCAGGCAAAAUGGAGCCCAAAGAUGAUCACCGACACUUGAACCAGUUCAUAGCUCAUGCUGCUCUGGAUUUAGUAGAUGAGAACAUGUGGUUAUCCAACAAUAUGUAUUUGAAAACUGUUGACAAGUUCAAUGAAUGGUUUAUCUCUGCAUUUGUUACAGCUGGACAUAUGAGAUUUAUUAUGUUGCAUGAUGUGCGUCAAGAAGAUGGAAUAAAAAAUUUUUUUAACGAUGUCUAUGAUUUGUACAUUAAGUUUGCCAUGAAUCCAUUUUAUGAACCUAAUACCCUAAUUCGAUCAACAGCUUUUGACAGAAAAGUUCAGUUCUUAGGAAAGAAGCAUCUACUGAGUUGAACAAAUAUAAAUAUACUGAAGAUUACAGGAUAUCAGAAGUACCUUUAACUGUGUAUAGCAUAUUGUCUGUAUUGGUAACUUUACUCUUCAACUGUAUUAUUCCUUUGUGUAUAUGUAUUUAUUUAUAUAAAGAAAUCAAUGUUGGGCUUUGGCAUAUAUAUUUACUAAGUGCAAGUUAUGUUAGUUACUUGUGUAGGUUGCCUUACAGCAAGUCUGUGCCUGUUGAACACUUUUCUUUGUAAUUAAUCAGCCAUAUCUCAAAAAUUGUGCUACAUCUAUAUUAAAUCUUGAAACUUCAGCUUAAA